UUCUCGUAUUUCAACCGAACUACAGAACCUUUAAAAUCCGAGACAGUGAGAUUAUUGCGUAUCGUCUGCGCAGUUCUUGUUGUUAAUUCUCAAACCACUACAAAGAUUUUAAUCUAUCGAGGACUUUCCAAGCUUUCGCUGGUUUGAAUCGAAUACGAGGAAUUGAAACGGGCCAGCUAUGGAACUGCCGAAGAUAUAGCGAAACUCCUCGUCUUACUCACGAGAGAUGUAUGAUCAAACGUACAGAACAUUUCCUUCACACCUUACACAAAGUCAUCCACAGAAACCGAAUUUUGAAGAUCGAAAUUGAAAUUUAAAAUCUUCAGACAUAUACCACACCCGCUAAAAGAUGCACGGAUAUGUUGUCACUAUCUCCAUCGUAGCUGGCAUCUGUGUCUUUGUGGCCCUCGUGUAUCUGGUCUUCAGAAUCUACAAGAGGAGGGCAGAAUUAGGAACUGACGCAGAGGUUGUGGGUCUGUGUCCCCCUAGCAUUAUUCUGACAUCUGACAGCCCUGGGAUGUCGAAAAAAAGACUCUACUCGCCCAUCAGAGAAAGAGCUGGAUCGAUGGAGAAGGAUGAAAAACUUCAAAUGAAAGAGAAGAGAAAGGACAUCAAAAGUUUAUGGCUUCCGAAGAAGAAGACAAGUUUACCCGUCAUGCAGGCAACCAUGGUUCAACCAGCUGUACCGGAGCAAACAAAGGAUCAAGGUGGAAGAGGCCGGCUGACUUUCACUCUCCAUUAUCAUUAUCAAUAUGCGUUGAAAUCAUCCGUUCUGCUCGUCAAACUUGCUAAUGCCCAGCAAUUACCGCCAAAAGAUAAUGAUGAUCCCCCGGAUGUGUUUGUCAAAACACAACUCGUCCCAAGCUGCAAGCGAGUUUACAUCUCCAAAGUGCAUAGAGGAACCUCGAACCCAGUCUUCGACGAGACAUACGAGUUUGAUAUCGAAUAUCAAGAGCUUCAGCAACAAAGGCUUUUGUUUGAGAUUCUUGACUACGACUGCAUGUCUCGAUACAAACCAAUUGGAGAAGUCAGCGUGCUUUUAGCAGAACUUGGAACACAUGGUUUUAACAUUUUGAGAGAAGUAUCUCUGUGUGUUUAUAUUUCUAGACCCCAGAAAGAUUGAACCGGUUUAUUUUAAAUACCUUUCACUUGUAUUGAGUUUGUACAUAGUUUUCCUGUCAGUGAUUACAUUUCAAAAACAUAUGAUGGGUCUUCAACGAGACAUACGAUGGGUCUCACAGAUCUGCUAUUUAACAAGGAGAUUUUAAGCUCGAGAUUUCUAUCACUUGAUAGACGAUGAGGGCGAAGCCUCGAAACAACUAUCUCGGAUGGAAUUUGAGAGCAAUAAUCUUGUUGUUUUAGUUUAAAUCUAUUAGUCGUUCAAACUUAAUAAAAAAAAACAGGCCCAAUUUCUAUUAUUAUUAUUACUAGUAGUAGUAGUAAUAGUAAAAGUAUUAUUACUUCGUUUACAACCGCACGCUGUUGGCACAGCGGUCCAACGUCUAUGCAUGCGCGAACGUUGUAGUGGGGGAGUGGUGACGUACUUCCAUGCUAUCAGAACCUUUGUCAGGAAUUAUAAGCAACCACGCAAGCCAGUCAGUCAAGGUGUUUAAAAAGCGCAUAACGGUUUCGAUAAAGCUCAAAACAAAAUUGUAAAUUAACAGGAUACCCGUAAUCAAAUAAGUUUUGAGGUCUAAAGGUCUCAAGUUUUCCUUUUCCCGGCUUACUUUUGUUUCCUUUACAGAUUUCUAUGAACGUUUCCUUCCCCCCCUUUCCAUGUAUUUUUUCGACGAAUGUUGUUUCUUAUGUUUUUCUUGUAAAUUUUUGGCGGGAAAUUGGCGCGCGGUCAGCCGAGGUUAAUCUCCUUGUGCAUGCGCGACGUUUGACCACUGUGAUAUCUGCUGUGUUCACUUUACUCAUUUUCUAUCAAAACGUCAAAGAGGAACGCAUGACUGGUGGCUUGAAGUCGUGCAACCGCUGAAAAUCGCGGGAAAAAGUGCAUCGGCAACAAACUAUUGCAACAACGUUUAGAAAAUGAACUUAAAUCGACUUGACAAAUAUUAACAAAAAUUAUGAAAAAAUGCUCAGCGGAUUGUGUCCGUGAGUUGUAGGAAAGUCGCUUUCAAAUUUUACUAAUACUUUUAUAUGUUGUAGAUAUUUGCUCAAAAAUCAUCAUUUAGUUUAUCUAUUGAUAAAUUAUCAGAAUAAUUUUUAGGUGUAAAACGUAUGAAAGUUGUGUAUAAUUGUUUAAGUCUUAACUUUUAAAUAAAGAAAUGAAAUUUGA